CUCGCAUAUUCACAAUGGCGGCUAACAACAAACUGAUCAUCCUCAUGCUGCUCAUCUGCCUGCUUCCUCACAUCAUCUUUUCCUCCGCGUCAGCACAAGAACUUGACACGAAGGCCUACGUGGACUCGUGGUGCCAGGACACCAAAUACCCGAACCUGUGCGUCCGGUCGCUGUCUCCUGUUGUGCGUUCACUGGCUAUCCAAAGUCCACAAGAACUGGUCCUAUUCUUGCUUAAAGAAAGCCUCAACACAACGGCGUUCUUAUUAAAAGAAGUGGCGAACCCGAAGCCGCCGAACCUCCAAGACAAGGUGUUGGCUAAGCAGCUUAGGCUCACCGUGACUCGGUUGGAAGUUAGCCUAAGGAGAAUGAUCGGCAUAAUAACGAAGCUGCUGCUCAGAGGUAACGGCGUCGGAGGUGUAUACUUCAGCCUGAAGAGGUGGACAAGCGAAGCUCUCGCAGACGCGGAGACCCUCAUGAGUGUGUUCCAGGGGCGGGGGCUGAGCAAGUCUGAGGCUACUAUUUAUGGGAAAGUGAAGAAUGUUCACGAAACCGUAAGCAAUGCCCUCGCCAUCGUCCAGCACUACGUUAAUACUAGGCACUGAGCCAGACGCCCCUGACCGUUGCUUCAACUAUAAUGAUUGUCUUUUGAGCACAAAUAUAUUUCCUU